GACAAGAUUUCAAGAUGAAUCUAAAUUCAGAUACUAAAGAAGCAAAAGCUUUGGAGACCUCUGCAAAUACUAUUGAAUCAUAUGACAUAGCAACCACAAGUAACGUGAACAGGACUUUAGAAGACUACAAAGCUGAUGUUAAUUUAAGUGAUGGUGAAGAGGAGAAUGGUGAUGAGGGCAAUAAAGAGGAAGAAAGGAGGGCACCAAUUGAGUUGAUGGGAGAGUUCUUGAAAGCAAUAAUGGACCGAGACUACAAGCUGUCAAGUAAGCUUUGCCAAAUGAUUCUCCUCUAUGAGCCUGAAAAUUCAGAGGCCAAACAGUUUGAGGUACUUCUGGAAAAGAAAUUACAGUUGGAUGAAGCUGCAUCAACUGGUCAAAAUGAUGUAGAAGACAGUACUGAAAGUGACAGCAGUGAAGAUGACAGUGAAGAUAGUGGUAAUGAAGACAGCGAUGAAGAUGAAAGAUCAGAUGAAGAAUUUAUUGGUUCACCAGAAAGUGAAUAGCACACACAGAGAUUCACAAUUUCCAUGAAAAGUAUGUUCAUAUUACUAUUAUUUCUAAGAUCAGCAAGCUACAUCAUCAUUUUUCUUUUACUAAGUAGCACUUUAAAAGAAUGUUCAAUUCUUAGCUUAAGAUAGAUAAAUUGCUAGAAGUUUAGUGACCAGCAAAAUAUGAAAAUCGAGCAUCAAACAAGAAUUUGUUUGGUUGCAACCUUUUUGCAUUGUUAAAUAUCAAGACCUCUCUUGUUGCCACAUUUUAGUAGAUACAGUUGACUCAAUGAAUUGUCAUGUUUAAGAUUCUGUUAUAAUGGAUUAUAAUUCAAAUCUCGCUUCCACCCUGGACAUUCAUACAUCAACUAUUUGCAGAUAUUGAACAAAAAUCAAAACGAGUCUUUUGCUAGAGCAGAAAGGUUUCAUCAGUUGUUUGGCCUGUCAUUUGCUUAAUGACUUAGCUUUCUUCCACACAAUUUAAUAAAUUUGCCCUUUGUAAUUAAAUAUAAUAGUAAUUUGUGAUUAAAUAUAAUAGUAAUAUCUACUGUUAAUGCACCUGGGUUUUAUUUCUAAACCCUGUGAUAAAGUGUAAUGUUACUUCCCAUACUUCUUCCUCCACAACAGCCACAAUGUCCAGAAAGUUCAGUGAAGUCUCAGCAAC